GUGCAACUCCACAUGUGCCAUAUUAUCUAUGGUAACGAUAUCGUACUGUGGUUGUGAGUUUGAUCAUUAACUAACGCAGAUAAACCGAUCUACAAAAAGAAUGUUAUUACUUGCGUUAUUCUUUGCUGGAAUCACAGCAGUCUUGGCUGAUGAUGAAAAAAUCAUGGAUGUAGGAAAAUGUAAAGAUAUUGAUGACCAAGAGCUGAUGGAUAUUGAUCCUUAUGCUGCUACGAUACACCGAGCCACAAAAAGAAUGUUAUUACUUGUGUUAUUCUUUGCUGGAAUCACAGCAGUCUUGGCUGAUGAUGAAAAACUCAUGGAUGUAGGAAAGUGUAAAGAUAUCGAUGACCAAGAGCUGAUGGAUAUUGAUCCUUAUGCUGCUGCGUUCCUUUCGAAACCAAGUACGUGGGCAGUCAAGUUUACCACUAUCACCAAAGAAAGAUCAAUGGGUCUCAAUUCAAUGGUGUUCAAAGUUGAAAGGAAAAAUGAGAUAAAAACUUACCUAAAAUUCGAAUGGCAGUUAUUAGGUGGGAAAGGUGGACCUGGUCAAAAUUCCCAGCAAGAGUUACAGACAGAAUUUUUUCUACAUUAUCUUAGAACAGCCUUAUCUUACGCAGGUCCAGAUGGUCAGAGUGCCACAAUCAACAUGAGGUAUUAUUUCCUGAAAACGGGUAUCUUAAAUAAUCUUCAGAACGAAUAUGUUUACAUCUACAAAUGCACCGAAGAUGAUCGUGUUGCAAAACCUAACAUCGACGCUCGAUAUGUCAUCUUUAGCGAAGGCGAUGUAAGUACAGAAGAGGUUAAAGACGUGGCCAAGGUGGAUGAAGAUUUAAUGCAAAGAUUUGGAUUCUCCAAGAAACUGGUGUUUGUAACAUAGGCUCGUACAUAUCCCAACGUAAAUUACUCAUACUUUGUGUAAAAAUAUGGUUGCAAAAUAAAUAAUUGUAUGAAA